AUGGAAGGAUCAGGUUCACGCCAAACCGGACGCGCAGAUUCCCAACGGCAGGACAACUUUUUGAAUCUCGAACGGGAGAAAGAUCAAGACAAGCAGCAAGAGGGCAGUGUGAACACCUCCCACACGAGCAGAAGCCGCUCGAAAGGGAAAGGCCAUGCAUUCCACACCAGUAGUGAUGAGAACGAUGAAUACAGGCGAAGAUCAAGAACCCCUCCAAGCGAAACUUUUUCCUAUGAGGAAGAGCAGCCUCGUAAACGCGGCCACAAGAGCCCGCCAUACCAAGGCCUGGCCAACGAUGCCAUGAGUAAGGCCCUGGACCGCAUCUCCCAGUCGCCUUUCACGCGCAGAAUAGAGGAAGCAGAACUUCCUCAGCGGUUCCAUCAACCAACCUUUGCCAUAUACAAUGGUCGGACAGACCCAGUAGAGCAUCUGACACAGGCAUUUGGCUUCCGCUUCAUUACCAGCAGCAGAGUCCCUCGGCCCCUAGAUUCCCUCCUAUCCCUGUCCAUGCGAGAAGGAGAGACACUGAAGGCCUAUUCAGACAGGUACUGGGAAAUGAACAAUGAGAUAGAGGGAAAUUACGACGACGUUGCCAUUAGCACAUUCAAAAGGGGCCUGCCGACAGAGCACGGUUUAAGAAAAUCCCUGAUUGGGAAGCCGGUCACUAGUGUGCGCCAACUCAUGGAUAGAAUUGACAAGUACAAAAGGGUUGAGGAGGACCAGCAGACGGGGAAGGGCAAAGCGAAGGUUGUCCCUCAGGAGAGGAGGGACUUCAAGUCGGACCACUUUAACAGCAGUAACAGGCCGAGAAGAGACUACGCGGAACAGUCUGGAUCCACUAGGGCACAGGCAGUCCAUGCUAUGUUCCGAGAACCAUUACACAAGAUCCUAAAGAAGGUGAAGUGCGAACCAUUCUUCCAAUGGCCAAGCAGGAUGGCAGGUGACCCCUCGAAGCGUAACCAGAAUCUAUAUUGCGCGUACCACCAAGAGCCGGGUCACCUCACCGAUGAUUGUAGAAAUCUGAAAAACCACUUGGACCGGUUAGUCCGAGAAGGGAAGUUGAGACAUCUAUUACAUCACCCUGUGGGAUGGCAGAAACAAUCAAAUAUCGAAACCAGGCAAAGCGCAUUGAGGCCGCCCAUUGGCACAAUAAAUGUCAUUCUCGCCGCACCUGGAAGGACCGGAUCCAAUCCUCUCAGAGUAAUGUCAGUGAGCACGCUCCCGCCUGAAGCCGAUGACAGGGAAUCUAAAAGGGCCCGAGCGAGUCUCACGCCCUUAAUCGGAUUCUCGGAUGAGGACAAACUGGGAACCCUUCAACCCCACGACGACGCCCUAGUCGUCACGCUCAGAAUUGGGGGUUAUGACGUGAAGAGGGUGCUAGUUGACCAAGGCAGCGCCGUGGAAGUAAUGUAUCCCGACUUGUAUAAAGGAUUGAACCUGAAGCCAGAGGACUUGUCGGCAUACGACUCCCCUUUGGUCAGUUUUGAAGGAAAAACAGUCACCACGAAAGGUAUGAUCAGGCUGCUUGUACAAACAGACUCAGACGUGGUGGAAGUGAACUUCAUCGUGGUAGAUGCGUACUCCCCCUACACAGUCAUCGUGGCCCGCCCGUGGCUUCAUGCACUAGGGGCUGUGUCGUCAACCUUACACCAAAAAGUGAAGUAUCUGUCAGGAGGUCGAGUGAAAGAAAUAAUAGGGAAUCAGGUUAUGGCCCGGCAAUGCAUCGUGUCAGCAAUCUCACGACGACCAAACAGUGAGCCCUCCAUCUCAGCCGAGAAAGGCUUAUAG